GCAGUUGCAGCCCCGUUGGUGGGAUAUAAAUCUCUUUCUCUCCAUGAUAAGUGGUGGGCUGGUGCUUGCUACCCCUUUAGAGAGCGUACUGUCCUAAUAAUCUUUCGAUCUCUGUUCUAGUGCAAUAAUGGCAUGAUAUAAACCAGAAAAGAAAAAAAAAAAAAAAGAAAAUACAACGGUUUCAGCAUCUACCUCUUUCGUAUCAUUCAUUGAACGUAUAAAUAUUCCUUAGGUCACAAUUUCCCCCUCUUGUGACAACAUGGCUACCCUCAUAGACGCCUUGGAAAAAGUCCAUCUUGAGGGCUUACCAUCGAAGGCUGUUCAGCGGAAGCGACGGGGCAUCGAGGACGAAGAUGAGACCUGGGAGGAAGAAGAGGAGAAGGACCUUGGUCCAGUCGAACCAUUCCGAUUUUUCGAUCUGCCCUCUGAGAUCCGGCUGCGCGUUUAUGGCUUUCUUCUGUUCAGUCCUCGCCGGAAUAGACCACUGCAGACCAACGGCAAUGUAGGCGCUUCGUCAAAGAAUCCACUUCGUUCCCCGUUGGCCCAUCGGAUCGCUCUUUUUCUUGUUUCGCGGCGAAUGCAUAAUGAAGCCGCUGAUUUCUUCUACGCCACACAAGCCUUUCGCAUCUUCCCCGUCCAAGACUAUUCCCGGAUGCCAACAAUCAGGUCAAUACCAACCAACUAUCGCUCUGCGAUCGGCACUAUUGAGCUGAUCCUGGGAUCCAGCUGGACGGCCCCUCCUUCCUCAUGGAAAGUCAAUCGUGGGCUAGGUCUGGAGGAAAUGACACGUAUCCGCCUGCUUAAGGUGUUUAUUGAAUGUGACCCUUCCCACCCGGUGUUUGAAGGGUUUCGUAUCUCCGAGGACUUUUAUUCCGGCUUUGCAGGGAGGCUGUUGCAGCAGAUUCUGGAGAGGCUACCGAGUCUAACCUAUGUGGAAUUUGACGGGUUCCCAUCUGUCAGUAAAACCGGAGCGCUGAUGAAGCGUCUACUACAAGAGGCAAGGGCAGCUGGUAAAACCAUCGUAUGGGGGCCUCAGCGAGGAUGGACCGAUUACGAUACGGAAGAUAUGAUUGCCGAGAAUGUCGUUUACGGACUUACGAGUACGAUGCGAACCCUUCAAGUAACUGAUGUUCCAACCCGAAGAAGCUCUUCCGUGGUUGAAGAAGUGAAGUGA